ACAGAAAGUGAAGACUUGUCAAGAUGUCUGGGUGAGAGGGACCAGAAAAGAGCAGAAUCCAGAUGUCAAAAGAGAAACAACAGAAGUUUGAGCAGCUGACUGGAAUAGACAGGAGGGCCAAGCUGACCUGCCACUUCACAUGUGCCUGUGGGACGCACAGAAAUUGAACCACAUCUCUACAAAAUUAAACUGAAGGCAAAAGGGCAAGAGGACAAGAGACAACUCUAGAAGACAAAGAGAAAGAAAUGCCAAGCAGUGUUAAGAAACUUGGCUAAAGUGAGGAUUUGGGCUUUUUCCCAUCAUGAUCAUCACAACUGGGCGAUUUCAAAGAAGAUCUAGUCAUAAACAAAUGUGCUCUUGGUCUUUUGGAUUUGUUUAAAGAAUGCGUUGGCUUUGUAACCUUCUCAGAGGGCACUUCAAGGAACAAGACAUACAUGAAGUCACCCUCCAUGCUUCCAGUGUUUCCAAUUAACAUAAACACCAGCCUGAGCACGUACACAAGCCUCAUCAGACAGUGCUGUAAACUCUGAUCUGUAGAAGAAGGAAACAGAAGCACACGAAAGUGCAAUGUCAGGUCACUAAAAACAUCUGACGUGACAGACGAUGGGUCGGUGGAUGUUUUGAGGUUUACCAGAUGUAUAUCCUGCUGCCUAAUACGCACAUUUAUUGACUUACAAACUUCACAAGACCCUAAAGGAUUUAUUUCAACUUUAGAACCGCCAGACAUCUUCAAUUAAAAGCCAUGGAUGGGAGAACAGAGAGCAUCCAGGAUUUCUUCAACCAAGUUUGGAGCUUUGCUACAGACAAACACAACCAGGGGGUGUACAACACCGUCUGCCUGGUGGUCCUCUUAGCUCUUCCCCUGUUGGUCCUCCUCACCACUUUGGUGGUGUGCUGCCACUGCUGCUGCUGUCGCCAUGCCAACUGCUGCUGCAAAGACGCCAUGGCAACCACGAGGUCAGAAAUGAAGAAGAAAAAGAAUUCGGAUGGCGACUUGUGGAUCUCUGUCAAGGCGGGGUCGAUGACGCCGGACAGGGUCGCCCUGAACAUGGUGUAGGAAUCCUUUUUUUUUUUUUUUUACUUUGAGAUUUCUGAUCCCGGGUCAGUUGGUUCAGUGGUGCAAUGAGGGAGCGUCUCAAAAGUGUAAAACCCAAACUAGCCUGGACUCAAGAGACAUUGUUCAAACAAUGGGAAGGACCUCACAAUGUAAUGGGCACAGAUUUAGCUUAAAUGUGGAAACAGUGUACAGUUUCUUGUCAUCAUGUAUUCAUGUGUGUGGAGAAUGUUUACAACAUUUUGUAUGCGCUUUUAAGUGUGUGGUACAUAAAGGAAGAAAUAUGCAGAGGCAUAAACAUACCUGCAAGUGUGUGUGUGUGUGUGUGUGUGUGUGUGUGUGUGUGUGUGUGUGUGUCUGUGUCUGUGUCUGUGUGUGAGUGGGUUAGAGACAGAGUGUGUGUGAGAGAGAAGUACAGUGUUAUUGAGAGCACUUUGUUCUUGGAGCUCCCAUGUGAAAUUCAGUGCGGCUGCAUUUAGGAGAGAGAGCCAAUUUAUGGUCUGCCCGGCAUUCAGAUGGUUGUAAUACUGCCUACUUUUCCCGUCCAAGCUGUAAUCUAGACUCAUGAUUGAGUCUCUCUUCUAAAAAAAAAAGCCACUGAUGCGAAAAAAGUUUUGAAGAAAACUAUAACUUUGAUUUAUUUCCUCCUUCCUUACUUCAUACUUAAUAUGAUAUAGUGCGUAGGCCACAUGAGAGACAGUUUUACUAGUUUUGACUUUUGAACGUCACAGCAUUCAGGUCAAGUGAGCUUUAAAUGCAGAAUGCACAAUGUAAGGAAAAACACCAAAAAGCAUAACAUAAUAUUAAAAUAUGUUGUACUUUCAAAUUUGAUUGGCAGAUAUUAUAAUGCACUGAUUAAUACUCAACAAUAAGCAUAUAGUCAGUAAUGUUUUCUGGGCCUGUAUCUGUGUACGUUUGGGAUUUAAGUGAAAUAGAAAAAUUGAGAGUGAAAGCUAAAAAUGUUUUUAAAUGCUCUUAAGAGAUCUUUAUCUUCCCUGUAUGUUUGUCAGCGUGGUCCUAAAUGUUCUGAUGCACAUUUCCUGUUAUUUCAUCACUGUAUAUGAAAAAAUAUGAUUGCUGUUGAGUUGUUAAUUUCACAUGAUAAUUGUUACUAGAGAUAUUUAGGAUUAAAAUGACCAUAUCAUAUCACAGAGUGAAAUGCAGAUUAUUUUUUAAAACAAAGAAUGAGCAACAUUCAAAGUAUUCAAAGCUAUUUCUGAACUUAGUCAACGUAUAUUCAAAAUAUUCAGAGAAGAGAAACCCUAAAAUAAUCAAAUGAUUUGGGCUUCAAGUGGAAGGCUCAUAUGUUUUCUAAGUGUAUGACAUCUCAAAGCCCAAAUAAGCAGAAGUAGUAUCAUCGUGUUCAGGCAUUAGCCUACACAGACACUAAGUUGAUCUUCUUGCUCAAGUGCUGCUGGGAAAACAGGCCCCAACUCAUUCCAUUACUGCUCAGACACAUGCAUUCCCAUGUGGAAAUCGGGGGUUUGUCUCUUCUGCUUGAUGCUCACAAUCAUAAUCAUAAUUCGAAAGCUUGCCCUGCAAAAAUAAAAGCCUCGGUAGGCUGCUGUCGCCCACACUGAAAGGUUUGCCAAGAAGCGACAUCGUAGACAUGCUCAGAGGUUGACUGAUCAUGAUGUCACUGCGGUUUGUAUGAGUCAAAGAAUUUUCUACAUUCAUGUUUACGGAGUUUCUAUUCAUUAUUACAGACUGCGACAGGCUGUCUUAAAGAUAAUGAUAAAAUAAGCAGUAGAUAAAAGAUAGGUACGAUUGGGAAAUACUCUUCUUUGCAUUCUUGCCAAGAGUCAGACGAGAAGCGUGAUACCACUCUCAUGACUGUUUGGUAAAUAUGUUAUAUCUUGUUUGUUUAACCCAUAGAAAAUAUAUUACAUAUAAUAUAUAUUUUAUAUAUUAUAUGUUACACAUUAAGUAUACAUUAAGUAUACAAAACUACAUCAACUAGAUUAUAAAAUAUAAACAGGCUGUAUUUGUGAUGUUAAACAUUGUUUUGACAUCUCUCACUUUGAACAGAUUAUAUUAUUUGUAUGAGAGGAAGUAUGUAAAUCAGUUGCAGGCAUCAAAAGGUAGGGAAUAUCAAAUAUACAUGUUUUGUAUGUGUUUUGCUUUUCCCCUGUGAUCAGAGGGAACGGAGGUGGGAGCAUUUGUCAUCUGUUUGAACAGCAAAUCUGCCGUGCACUGUAGUUUUCUAUAUGAUAGCACCAUUUCUUUUGAUCCCAUCCAAUUAUGCAUGACAUUGUGUAUUUAGAAUAUGUUUUCUUUUUUUUGCGGUGCUACGGUGAUUCUUUCUUUUGAAUGAUGAGCCUGGCUGGGCUUUGUUUGUAGCUCUGCAUGCAUAAUUUAUCCUGACAUAAAGAAAGACAAUGACAAAGGACAGCACAACUUGGAAGAUGACAGGGAGAGAAAUCAAGUUUUUUUUUAAGCUUUGUGGAAAAUCAUCUUUCUGUUUCAGACGUAAACUGAAGUUAACAGAGCCUUUGAAUUUUGACAUAAAGUCAUUAUCUUUGUGUGUGAACAUGUCAUAUACUGUAUUGCACAGGCCUCUUCAUUCAACAUGGCUGCUAAGGCUUAGACAAUGUGCUCCACAAAAAUGCAAUAUUUUCAGCAUACGUGAACAAAGCUUUGCAGACUGUUAACACUGAAAUGUGACUGACUAUAUAAAUGUAAGGUGGGGGAAAAACAACAA